AGGGGGAGCUCUGCCCUUUGCCUUACAACAUAAGAGUUGGAAUUAUGGGUAGGCAGGAAUUGUUUUCAGUUUGUAGACAAUAUCUUGCUGCAUGUCGGAUACAUUGUGUCGGAGCGGAGACAAACAGUGAACUGGAGUAGUGCCCGCAGGUACAGGGAGCUGGGAAUAUUCUGCCACUGGGGACCAUUAUCUGCAUUCUGUCUGUAUGUACAGUAACUGAGAUAUUCUACAGAGGACCCUUGUUUGGAUUCUGUCUGUCUGUUUAGAGUCACAAGUGGAGCUGUUGGCGUAGAAGGGCUGCCAUGGCCAACGUCUCCAUUCGGAAAUACAGGAACAGCGACUAUGAUGUGGUUCACUCCUUGUUUGCAGAAGGCAUGAUGGAGCAUCUGCCUGCAACUUGUUUCCACCUGCUGAAGCUUCCUCAGGUCCACCUUGCUCUAUCUCUGUCACUUCUUCUUGUGUUCAUGGCCACCAGUUCCUACCUGCUGCCCCUGGCUACGUUGGUUGUAGUACUGACUGGAGCUUGGUAUGAACUGAACUCUGAAUUUCGCCAGUAUGUGAGCCAAAGCCAGAAAGAUGAUCUGCUGGACAUAGAGAAGACCUACAUGAUGAGGAGCAAUUCCUGUUUCUGGGUGUCAGAGUCGGGUGGGAAGGUUGCAGGCAUGGUGGCCGCUCAACCAUCAGAGGAGUCAGAAGAUGAAAUGGUGCUCAGACGCCUCUCGGUUGGGAGGGAACACCGGAUGAAGGGUAUCGCCAAGGCGCUGUGUUUAGAGGUCAUGGACUUUGCCAGGCAGUGUGGGUAUAAAUCCGUCAAGCUCGAGACAUCUAUGGUACAAUAUGCAGCCCAUAAGUUGUAUGAAUCUCUGGGCUUUGAAAAAACUGCUGUAGUGAUUCUUCCAACAUUUUUUGGCCGAUUUUCAAACUUCUUUAUCUUCACUUAUAGAUACAGAAUAAAGUCAUCCUCUAACCACUCACAUUAAUCCUAGAGACAACAUGAGUUGUAUGCAACUGCCCACACUAACAUUGGUGGAACCAAAAUGGAGAACCAACCCAGGGGCAUCUAAUGUCCUACAAGUAUCAAGGGCCCAGCAGGAUCCUGAUUUAAUCACAAACUCAGUUUAUAUGGAUCAUGUUCAGUUGUGCUCUCUGCUCUAAUAGAGAGGCAUAUCUGUUAAAAACUGGAAAUUCAGCAUUUAAAGUCACCCGGCUUAA